CCGGAGCAACGGAGCAAGCUGGAGCAACUUGGAGCAGCAGGCGUGAAGGGAAGGCGUGGAGCAGAGUGGCAGAGGAGCGGAUCGAGUGUGCCGGAGCAACGGAGCAACCUGGAGCAACUUGGAGCAGCAGGCGUGAAGGGAAGGCGUGGUGCAGGAGUGGCAGAGCAGCGGACAGAGAGUGCCGGAGCAAUGGAGCAACCUGGAGAGCAGCACGCCUGGGGAGCGGCAGAGCGGUGGAGGGAUCGUGCACUCGAGGGUGCAGUGGCUGCAGCAACUCAGGGAUCACCAGAGCUCAGGGAGCAUUGAGAGAACAACGGCUGGAUGAUGGCAAGCACACAAGGAGUU